AGGAUCAAAAUACUGAUCACAGGUAGGCUUACAGUGUCAGUUAGUCAACGCAGAAUGGUCGCGUGUGCGCAUUAUCACAAUGACAUCAUGGUCUGACUGCAGCAUUGCAUCGUAGAUACGGCAUGUAAACGGGUGAAAAAAGGACAUGGAUACAAAUAGAUUUAAUUUCUCAAUAAAAAAGACUAUCAUAAGAAUGAGGAAGCGCUGGUAAUAUACGCAACCGAAGACAGGACCCUCUUAUUUCAGUGCAUAUUAAGGUAUUCCACGGAUAAUCCAUAGUUGCAGCCGUGUUCGCCAUGGCUAACUCAUGUGAGACAGUGGAGAUGGCGUCAUUGGAAUGUGCUGCCUCGAAUCUGGCAUGUGAAGCAUCACCGGAGCCUGACAGUGGGGCGCUGAGGAUGGUACUGGUGGGGAAGACAGGCGCAGGGAGAAGCUCUUCUGGUAACACCAUCCUAGGGAGGCAGGCAUUCCGGGUGGACAUCUCUUCAUGUUCUGUAACUGGUCAGUGUGACAGACAGAGUGGAGCUGUGGCUGGGAGGAACCUCACUGUGGUCGACACCCCAGGGUUCUUCGACACGCGCCUCUCCCCUCAGGAGGUGACAGCUGAGGCAGGACGCUGUGUGGUGCUGUCCGCCCCUGGCCCCCACUCCUUCCUGGUGACCCUUCAGCCUGGCAGGUUCACUCAGGAGGAGCGGGAUGCCCUGGAGUGGGUCAAGGCCACUUUUGGACCAGGAGCCCUCAGAUACACAGUAGUACUGUUCACCUGGGGUGACCAGCUUCAGGGGAAAAGCAUGGAAGACUUCCUGAAGGAGAGCCAAGAGCUCCAGGAGUUUGUGAGUAGAUGUCAGGGGGGCUACCAUGUCUUUAACAACAGCAACAAGAUAACAGACUGCACUCAGGUCACAGAACUCCUGGAGAAGAUAGACAAGAUGGUGACGCAGAACGGAGGUGGCUGUUACACCAACCUGAUGUACCAGGAGGCAGAGAGAGCCAUCAGAGAAGUGCAGGAAGGAAUUCUGGGAGAGAGAAGGAUGACUCAAUUGAAGCAGGAGGAGGAUGCGGUGAAGACAGGGCCAGAGCCUCAGGGACCGGAGGCAGAGAGAAUGAAAAGGAGGGAAGAGGAGGAGAGGAGAAGAGAGGAAGAGGCAGCCAGAAAGAAGGCAGAGAAGUUGUUCUGGUGUGAGCUGGUGUCUGCCCUGGGGAAGGGGGCGGCAGAGGGAGCUGGAGUAACAAGCAAAGGGAAAGGGAAAGCAGUGAAAAAGGUUAAGGCGAUAGAGAGGGCAGCAGCUUUGGCUACCACACCGCUGUCAAUCACAUCAGCUGCCAAAGUGGUGGGAGGAGCUGUGAGAGAGGGAAGUAAAGUGCUUUACAAACACCGCAAAACUCUCCUACACUGACGGGGACUUUUAAUAUCCACUAUUAUUCACUGUAUGGUGCUGGGUUAUCAGGUAGAAGAUGAGGGUCUUAAAUAACCAGUAUAUUUUUUUCUGUCUCUGAAGUGCAAAUUAGUUUUACACACUUAUUUAUCACUCAACUGUGUUCUUUGAAAAAUCAUCACAAUGACUUCACAAGGCAGGCUUGCUAAAGAGCACAGAUGCACUUUCUUCCAUUGUCAGUCAUAGUUGAUUAAGCUAUUAAUGCACUAACACAUGGAGGUAAAUGAACAGAAAGUUAAUAACAGUUGAUAGAAUGCAAUUGCAGUGUAAUACCACUGUAAUGGAACUGUAACCAUCAUCCUGAAUAGAAACCCAGCCCUGACAGUUGAGGAAGUGAUUCUAUUUAUCCAGGUUGUCAUAGUGCCACGGGAGUAAAAAGGCAUUCAUUAUUGAAUACUCAAAUGGCAAAGUAAAGUGUGCUGUGAAUUUUUGAAUGGUGUGAAUCAAUUGUGUGUGGUUUUGAAUGGUGUGAAUCAAUUGUGUGUGGUUUUGAGUGGUGUGAAUCACUUGUGUGUGGUUUUCAAUGGUGUGGAUCGCUAGUGUGAGUAUGCAGGGGUAAACAUCCUGGUGUGAUGAAACAAUUUAAAGUAAUUAACACGAAGAACCUGAUGAAGCAGUAAAGAUACCUUUUACUGACCUGAUUUACAAAUGAUGAAGAUUCUUUGUAUUAAAAUGUUGAUCAUUACAACAUGGGAACCACAGUUGUAAAAGUUUGGCACGCAUAUACAAAUCUAGUAGUACCAAGAUACUUAGUGUAAGUAACUUUCCAUUAUGUUGAAGCAUUAAUCUGCCUUUGCCAUUGUAAUCCUGGUCCAAAAAAAAAUUGUCAAUAAAUGUUGAGAUAUGAAUGAACUCUA